AAACCAGCGAAAAAGAAGAAGAAAAAGGACAGAAGAGAGAGAGAGCGAGCAGUAGCCACACCAUAGUGGUGGAAAGGAAACCAGAGAGAGGGAGGGAGAGAGAGAGAAGAAACAAAACCCGCCCGAUCUCCUCGCCCUCCUCCUACUCCCACUCCGAUCGCUCCUGCCCGAUUCCCUACCCGAUUGCCGCGCGCCUCCUGGUCCCCUCCCGACACCCAUGGAGCCUCACCCCGCGGCUGCAGCCGGAGGAGGAGGAGGAGAAGGGGAGGCCGGCCGUGGUGCGGACCCCGACACCGGCCUCGAAGGGUCGAUGUGGAGGAUGGGGCUGGCCGGCGACGGCGGUGGGGAGGGGGACGGGGCGCGCCUGCCGGAGCGGCCGGACCAGGCGGACUGCAUCUACUACCUCCGCACGGGCGCCUGCGGCUUCGGGGACCGCUGCCGCUACAACCACCCCCGCGAUCGCGGCGGCACUGAGUUUGGUGGAGGUGCAAAGAAUGCAGUAGCAUUGGACUACCCGGAGCGGUUGGGUCAACCAGUAUGUGAGUAUUACAUGAAGACUGGGACUUGCAAAUUUGGUUCCAAUUGCAAAUAUCACCAUCCUAAGCAAGAUGGUUCUGUGCAGCCUGUAAUGUUAAACAGUAAUGGAUUCCCUCUACGUCCGGGUGAGAAAGAGUGCUCCUACUACAUGAAGACUGGACAAUGCAAGUUUGGUUCGACAUGUAAAUUUCAUCAUCCAGAAUUUGGUGGUAUUCCAGUUACUCCUGGAAUUUAUCCACCAUUGCAGUCGUCAACUGUACCCUCGCCUCAUCCAUACGCCCCUCUUACAAAUUGGCAAAUGGGGAGACCGCCUGUAGUCCCUGGAUCAUAUAUGCCAGGCUCGUACACUCCAAUGAUGCUAUCGUCUGGAAUGAUCCCCUUGCAAGGAUGGAGCCCUUAUCCGGCUUCAGUAAACCCUGUAGCAUCAGGUGGAGCACAACAAACUGUUCAAGCUGGACCUAUGUAUGGCAUAGGGCACCAUGGAUCUUCCUCUACAAUUGCUUAUGGUGGUCCUUACAUGCCUUACUCUUCCUCAACUAUACAAUCAAGCAAUAAUCAACAAGAACAUGGAUUCCCUGAGCGGCCAGGGCAGCCUGAGUGUCAGUAUUACAUGAGGACAGGAGAUUGUAAAUUUGGCGCUACAUGUAAAUAUCAUCAUCCUCGAGAUUGGAGUUCACCCAAGUCUAAUUAUAUGUUCAGCCCUUUUUGCCUUCCACUUCGUCCAGGUGCUCAGCCUUGUUCAUACUAUGCCCAAAAUGGGUAUUGUAGAUAUGGAGUUGCAUGCAAGUAUGAUCACCCGAUGGGUACGCUUGGCUACAGUUCAUCUCCUUUUCCCCUGUCUGACGUGCCAAUUGCUCCCUAUCCUCUUGGCUUCUCUAUUGCCACAUUGGCUCCAUCUUCAUCUUCCCAAGAUCUAAGGCCAGAAUAUAUUUCAGCUAAAGACCCAUCAGUCAACCAAGUAGGAUCGCCAGUGGCAGCAUCUGAGCCUUCUGGAUCAAUUUUGCCAAAAGGGGUUUUCCCGCCAGACACGGUGAUGCGUGCUCAGGCUAAUACGACAACUGGUGGUAGUUCAAGCCCUGGUGGUGGUCGCUGAUUUUUCUGAGCUGAGUCGAGAGAUCUCUUAUCUCUCAGAACAAUUUUCCAAUCAUUUGACACAGUUCUGAUAGGCCCCUCCGAUGUGAAUAAAAAGCCGUGGCCUCUGUAGAGAAGGCUCGGCGAGGGUGGUUUUCUCUGCCACCUCAAUAAAAAAAGCAUUGAUAGGUUACAAGCAAGCUCGAUUCACUUGCAAAUUUUUGCGCUCUUCUGUUCAUCUCUGAGACUGGAAAAGGAAGGUUUUUGGAUAUCAGGUUCGAUAUCUCGCAAUCGGUGUGGAUACUCAUAUCCAUUCCCUUGGUAAAUAAAUUCUUGGGCAAGGAAAUCGCCACAUGAAGAAAUUACUGGGUUUUGGUCCUAGCCUUCCCAAGUCAUUUUCUUUUUGUUCUGUAUAUUGUCAUAUAUAUUAUAUUAUAUAUAUAUCAUCAACAGACUUGAGACUUAAAACUGCAUAAGUACAUAUAUAUAGGAGCAAGGCACAUUGUAAUGAACACUGAACGUUUAUAUAAUGAAGUAUCGCUGUCAAACCUUAUCCAGUUUCAGA